GUUCUCUGUUGCUGUUGCUACUCCCUUACUCCUUACUUACCUCCUGUCGAAGGCGUCCGCUGCACGGUGCCGUAGUUUGCACCGACUCCGUGGGUACCGAGACGGUCACCAGCCCGGUAGAACUAGAAUCUAUCUACUGCACACGUCCUGCUCGGGCACACCACACAGAAAUCAGCCACCACCACCACAGCUAUGUCGCGACGAUGAGCUGCACUCGAAUCACCACGAAAUCACUGCCACCUUCUUCCGCUUAACAUUCUGCAUCCGCCUCUGCACCUUUCACCCUCUCCACCUGGAUUUUGCAGGCGAACACGACAGCACACCCACAUAUCACCUGUACCAUGGCGUGGCAGCCACAGCAAGGGCCGCUCAACCAGCUGGCCCAGUGUCUCCGCGACUCCCUCAGCGGACAUGACCUCCAGGCACAGAAGAACGCCGCACAAAUGCUCCAGCAGGCCAAAACAUCGCCUGACAUCAAUAACUACUUGGUGUACCUCUGCAUCACACCCACGGCGAACACUGGGCUGGAUCAGGUGGGCUACCAUGCAGCACGCAGCGCCGCAGCCAUCUUACUCAAGAACAACGUCAAGUCUUCGUACAAGUCAAUAUCGGAAGCGAGCAAGACGUAUAUCAAAGCCAACGUGCUACAAGGGUUGCAAGACAGCAACACACAAAUACGCAAUUACAUCGGCAACGUCAUCACCGAGGUCGUGCGACAAGGCGGUAUUCUGGGCUGGCCGCAGGUCCUGACAGAGCUGGUCACUAUGGUAGCGAAUCAGAAUGGGGCUCAGGAGACACAAGAUGGCGCCAUGGGUGCGCUCUUCAAGAUAUGCGAGGACAACAGGAAAGCACUGGAUAAGGAGUAUCAGACACAGCGGCCACUUGCCUCCCUGCUGCCAGCGCUGCUGAAGUUCACGAGCAAUGAAAACCACAAAGUGCGCACCAAAGCGCUAGCCGCGAUCAACGUGUUUCUCGUCGAGCCUGUGGCCUUGACUGUGCGAGAGAACAUCGACACGAUACUCAAGGAAAUUGUCAAGCUCUCCACAGACAGCAACGAAGAUGUGCGACGGUUCGUAUGCCGUGCCUUCGCACUUCUGGCGGACGCUUUGCCCCAAGUUCUCGUGCCGCACGUCGAAGGCGUGAUUGAAUAUUCGUUGUCGCAGCAGCAAGACCGACGCAACCAGGAACUCGCCCUGGAUGCUGCUGAGUUCUUCUUUGAGGCGAGCAGCAACCCUGUUCUACGGGACGCGCUGGGGCCGUACCUUCCGCGUGUUGUGCCGGUGCUGCUGAACUGCAUGGUUUACAGUGAAGAUGACCAAUUGAGACUGGAAGGCGACGAAGAAGAUGCCGACCUUGACGACGAGGAGAAAGACAUCAAGCCGACAUUCGCCAAGGACAAGGCUGGUCGCUCCGAUGCAACCCACGGAGCCCAGCAAAAUGGUCCCGCUAAGCCCGCUGUGAAUGGGUUUGCUUACGAAGAUGAUGACGAUCUCAGUGACGGCGAGCUGGACGAAGACGAAGACGACGAUGUCGACCCGGAAGAAGAGUGGAAUCUGCGAAAGUGCUCGGCGGCCUCGCUUGACAGCCUCGCCACGUACUUUCACGGCGCAGUGUUUCAAGAAGUUCUGCCAUGGCUGGUAGAGAACUUCCAGCAUGCGGACUGGCCUAAUCGUGAGGCCGCUGUCCUCGCCCUGGGAGCAAUCGGACCAGGCUGCAUGGACAACAUUACCCCACAUCUACCAGAGUUGAUCCCCCUGAUGCUGCAACUUCUCAACGACCAGCAGCCCGUUGUACGACAGAUCACAUGCUGGUCACUCAGCCGAUACUCGUUAUGGGCAGCACAUGAUCCGAAUGCGGCAAAGGAUAAAUACUUUGAGAAGAUGAUGAUUGGCCUCCUCGAGAAGAUGCUCGACCAUAACAAGAGAGUGCAGCAAUCUGCUGCAUCCGCGUUCGCGGUCCUCGAAGAGAAGGCAAAUGCUGCUUUGGCGCCCUACUGCAAUGACAUCCUGCAGCAAUUCGUCAAGUGCUUCGGCAAGUACAAGGACAAGAACAUGUACAUUCUCUACGACUGCGUGCAGACGCUUGCCGAGCAUGCUUCGCCGAAUCUUGCGCAGCCUGAGAAUGUGAAUCUGCUCAUGCCGGCACUCAUCCACCGAUGGCAGCACGUGCAAGAUCAGUCGAGAGAAAUGUUCCCAUUGCUCGAGUGUCUGUCAUUUGUUGCCACUGCGCUCGGGCCACAAUUUGCGCCAUUUGCGGAGCCCCUGUUCAACCGCUGCAUCAAGCUGAUUCAGCAGAACCUUGAGGAUGGCGCCAGUGCCGAGCAGGCUUUCAUGGAUCUGCCCGACAAGGACUUCCUGGUGACCAGUUUGGAUCUUCUCAGUUCUAUCAUUCAAGCUCUAGACGAGCAACAAAGUGCUAGGCUGGCAGGCGGCGCUCAUCCGAACAUGUUUCACAUGCUGGCCUACUGCAUGAGAGAUUCGAGUAACGAUGUCCGACAAUCGGCAUACGCGCUGCUCGGUGACUGUGCCAUUUACAUCUUUCCGCAGCUUCAGCAGUACCUUUCUGACGUAUUGAUGAUACUGAUUGAGCAACUUUCGUUGCACGACGUUCAGAACGAUCCCGAAUCGACUUUCCGAGUCAUCAACAACGCUUGCUGGUCUUGCGGAGAGAUUUCGAUGCGACAGGGGAAGGGCAUGGAACCUUUCGUUGACAAGCUUCUCGAAAAGCUGGCUUUGAUCAUUUUCAGCGACGAGGUUCCGGAGUCGCUCAACGAGAAUGCUGCCAUUGCGCUUGGUCGUCUGGGCAUUGGGUGCCACGGGCAGCUUGCUCCGCACCUCCAAAACUUCGCAUCGCCGUUCCUCAAGUACAUGCGGAAAGUGGACUGGACUGACGAGAAAGGGCACGCGUACAAGGGGUUCGUGAACGUCGUGCUGGACAAUCCGGCCGCGCUCGAGCAGUGUCUCCUGGAGUUUUUGGGAGAAAUGGCCGGCGCUCCCAACGUGUGGCUGGAAAGCAUGCAGGCCGAUGGCCCCCGGGCUGGGUUCGAGCAGGUUCUUGCCAAAUACAAGCAGAUGAUUGGCGCUGGAUUCGACGACUAUCUCCACAAUCUGCCGCCAGCACAGGAGUCGAGUCUUCGCCAAUUGUACAACUUCUAGGAGAGGUCGUUAGGCAUGGUGACGACGGCUACUCCACUCGCUCGCGCCCCAUGGCCUGCGAUAUCUACGACAUGACACUUUUGCCAGGCGUUAUUUGCUUAUGAUACCACUAUAAAUAGCGAGAGGGGUUUCCAGCGUUUUGCAACAUUUCACGGCGUAGCAUCUGUUCGCGUUAGGCGGCAGGGCGAAAAGGAUCUCAUGGUGGGCGUUUUCCGCAAGCAUCGUCACGCACAAGUAGCAGCGUGGAAAGGGCCAUGAGCGAAUGGACAAUGCAAGGUACAUGCAGAUGAGGGGGGGGAUGGGGGAUGGGGGGACUAUUUACACAAGAUGAUGGGAUGAGGCAAAGCAAGUGUGACGAGGAAGAUAAGGUACAUGUAGCUGCUUACAUGCGACGAUGAUGAGAAACGCUGGUGUGUGGAAAGUGGCAGUGUCGUUGGUGAGGAGGACUUUUGAUCUGGUGGCGCGAGAGCAGAUGGAGG